GUGAUUGUCAAACGCGAGAUUGUCUUUACACCGAACUGUGCCGCAGGAUCGUAUCGUCGCGCUGUUUUCGCCAAAAGUGUCGUGUAAAAUCGUGCUGUUUCGGGUAAAUUCGGUCACGUCGUGUAGCGCUCGGUCGGCGCUUUCGUUUGCGCUAGCUUUCAGCGAUCGUCGCGCCGUGAAUCCUCGUGAAAAUCGUGAAAACAAACGUUGCCAAUUUCAAGCAGAGGCGACAUUGGAUCACCUCUUUUGUGUCGUCGUUGUCUCCGCAGUUCGUUUCUCUUUUUGGUGCGAUCUCUCACCGAUCUUUUCUUCCUCCUCUCUCUCUUUCUGGGCUCGGACCCAGUUUCUCCUCUCGCGCGUCACCGACCAAGCGUGUCCGCGUUUUCCAGUCUCGAAAAAGGAGGUGAGGAAUAACAACAACAACAACAACGGCAUCAACAACAAAAACAAGCAAAGUGGAGAGAGAAAACAGCGCCGAAUAAACACAAAAUACCGUCACAUACACAUGCACGUGCGUGUUUAAAAUCGCGGUGCAGUGCGGAACAAACAUAGCCUAAAACGAAAGAAAACAAAAUAAGCGUGUAUGUGAGAAAGGGGGAAAAGUUGAUGUUUUUAAUUCGCUAGUCACCGUGCAAGUGUGAGUGAAAGGUAAUAUAAUAAAUAAAAGAAGAAAAAAAAAAGUUCGUUGAAAAGAGAGUGCGAAGAAGUAAAGUGAAAGACGAAGAAGUCUGGCAAGCAGAAGAAAGGCAGCAAAACAAAAGGUGGCUAGUUUUGGUGCGCUGAGUUACUACUACCUUCUCCGUAUCAGUUGUAAAUGGUUAAAAAGAAAAGAAAAUAAAAGAAGUGAAAUUGUGUCUGUGUGCUAAUUAGUAUUGGCUGAGCGAUUUGCAAACCUGUACGACGUGUAUAUCUGUGAAACUAGCACCUGGAUAUUUAACGUGGAAUAGCAGCCAGACUGGUGGACAGCGAGCGAAAAGUUCUUCUCAUUGAAGAAGCUAGCUCAAGAUAAGGCGCCGAAUAGCGUGAGAGAGAGAUUCCGGGUCGGUCCGUUGGUAACCAAGUGUGUAACUCGGUGUGUGUGUGUGUGCGCUUUGUUCACGCGCACCAAUUAGUUGAACUUUACAGCGAAUUAACGUAAGACGACGGCCCCAAAUGCCCCACGCCGUCACGCGUCCCGGCCCCGCCACCCUGCUUCUGCUCUAGAUGACAAUGUCAGCAGGGAACGAGAAGCGAAUGCUCGACCGCGAAACGCUUCGUUCCGUUAUCCAGCAAUGGAACACGGUUCGGCUGGAUAUCUUUGCACUGUCGGAGCCCAACGAGAACUUGGAGUUCCAUGGGGUUAUGCGGUUCUACUUUCAAGAUGAAGGGCAAAAGGUAGCAACCAAAUGCAUCCGGGUGGCGUCUGACGCCACCGUGUCGGAUGUGAUAGAAACGCUAAUAGAAAAAUUCCGCCCGGACAUGCGGAUGCUUUCCCUGCCGAACUACGCGCUGUACGUGGUGCACGCGAACGGCGAGGAACGGAAGCUCAACCCGGAUGAAAAACCGCUGCUGGUGCAGCUCAACUGGCACAACGACGACCGCGAGGGACGCUUUUUGCUCAAAAACUGUGCCCAGAAAACCAACACUCUCGACAGCAUCACGGAUCAGCCGAGCUUCAAGCGGAAGCUGUCCAAGCGGGAGAAAAAAGAGCAGAAGAAAAAGGAGAAGCUGUCGAAGCUGGGCUCCGGUGGCGGAAACGAGAACCAUGUGGCCGAGAAGCUUUACACAGAACUGCCGGAAACGUCGUUCACGCGGUCCAUUUCCAACCCGGAAGCCGUGAUGCGACGACGGCGCCAGCAAAAGCUCGAGAAAAAGCUGCAGCAGUUCCGGUCGCGGGACGGCGGCCCGGACACCGGUGGAACGCUCAAGAUCUACGGCGAGAGUCUGUGCCGGGACGUGCCGUACAAAACGCUGCUGCUGUCGAUCCGGGACUGCGCCCAGGCCGUCGUACGCGAGAUGCUCGCCAAGUACGGCAUGGACAAGGUCGACCCGCUGCACUACUGUUUGGUUCAGGUGAACAGCGAUGGUUCCGAGUACAUCCUGGACGACGACGAGUGCCCGCUGUCGAUAUUGAUGAACCAUCCUACGUCGAGAGGAUCCAUAAUGUUCCACGUUCGCCGACGACCAGCAGAUUCCCAGCCGCGAAGGCGGAAGAAAAAGCCCCUCGGCGUGUCCAACGGGAGCGGGAAUCUGAGCGGCGAUCGGGAGGGCCCGAUGUUGAUCGAAAUCACCCACAGUGGCGAUGGGGGGCGCCGGGUCAAGCUGGGCAGCGAACCGAUCGAGGUGGGGUCGGCCAACACGAACGCACUGCAGCUGUUCGGGCCGUCCAUCCAGGCCCGGCACUGUUUGAUUUCGAUGCACGACGGCGUGUGCACCGUGACGCCCCUGCACGCGGACGGGACGACCUUCGUGAACGGGCACCACAUCCAGCAGCCGACGAUACUGCAUAACGGCUCGGUCGUGAUGUUUGGCCGGGUGGCGUCCUACCGCUUCGUGGACUCCCCCUCGGACGGGCGGUACAACCUGGCCCUGUCCCAGUCGCAGCUCGAUUCGGCCUGUCUGUAUGAAAGUCGUUCGCCAACGUCCCCAACGUCCUGGAACGAGGAGGAGAGCCGCCCGAUAAGUCCGGUAAGUUCGGUCCAACCUGCGCCGAGUCAAAAACUGGGCGGCAGUUUUUUGGAUUCAACCGACGGCUCCAAACUGCAACUGGACCAACAGCAAAUCACGAAGCCACCUUCGUUCGAAAUUCCAAACAACGCGUCGCAACCUCCGACACCGGCCAUGGCCAACCCGGGAGGACCACCCGCCCUCCCGCCGCACAACAUCCACCAGACGCAGAACCUGCUGAUGACCAGCCUGGACGUGGUCGACGUGGCAGCCACCGCCGGCGGAGUGGCCUUGAACGAUGACGCCAAGAGUCAGGUCGCCGGCACCGAGUUCAGCAACGACGGUGACGUCGGAAACAUCGAAACGGAAACCAAGUCGAUAUCGAGCCUGAAAUCGAUCGGAUCGGCCCAGGACAGGACCAGUACAUUCCCCAAGCUGCAGCCGUCGCACGCGGCCGCCUCCAUCUCGAGCGAACCCGGCGGCCAGGAGCCGAUCCUGCCGGCGGUGCUCGAGUUUCCCGAGCAGCACCAGGAGUCGUUUCUGCAGGCCGUCAUCAGUGAACUAGACGUCAAUUCACCUAACUUUAAGCUAGCCCCAGUGUACACGCUUUACCUGUGCGCCCGAUACCGCGCCUCCACCCACUACCGUCCCGACCUGCAGCCAACCGAACGUGCCCACAAGUUAACAGUAUUCCUUCAUCACGUUGCCAACCUGAUCCAGAACGUCGUUCAGGAGCAGUACACCGAUGCCAAAAUUCUGUCCUUUUGGAUGGCCAACAGUUCCGAGUUUUUGCACUUCCUCAAGUCCGACCGACACAUCUCGGCGUUCAGCGUCCAGGCCCAGGAGGUGCUGGCCGAAAGCGUCCAGACGGCGUUCCGCAACCUGGUGUCGAUCUUCCACGUGGAGCUGUCGCAGACGCUGAACCAGUUUCUGUCGGAGAACAUCGACCACGACUCGGCCGCCGGGCUGGUGCUGUCCGUGCUGGGCUCGGCAAUGGCGCUGCUUCGGAGGUGCCGCGUCAAUGCGGCGCUCACGAUUCAGCUGUUCUCGCAGCUGUUUCACUACAUCAACGUCGUUUGCUUCAACAAGUUCGUCACGACAUCACACAUGUGCACCAGUGCGUGGGGCCGGGCACUAACCGAACGCCUCUCCCUGCUGGAAUUGUGGGCCGAAAAGCAGGGCCUCGAGCUGGCCGCCGAUUGCCACCUGGCCAAGAUCAACCAGUGCGCGCAGUUUCUGCAGGCGCCCAAAACAUCGGUGACCGAGGUGCAGCAGCUGGCCUGCUCGUGCUUCCGGCUCAACUCGCUGCAAAUGGGCGCUCUGCUGUCGCAGGAGACCAUCCCGCGGAAUCUGAUCGACACCGCCGUCCGGAUGGCGGAAUCCGUGGCGGACGAGCUGAGCAGGGCCGACGGACGGGAGAUUCGGUUAGAGGAAUCGCCGGAGUUGCCGUUGGCGCUGCUACUGCCGGACGAUGGCUUCAGCUGUGACGUGGUGCGGGGCAUUCCCGCCGGAUUGGUGGACUUUUUGAGUCCGUUCCAGAUGGCCAACAUGUGCCGGCUGGCGUCGCAACCUACGAGCAUUGGGCUGUGGACGGUUUACAUGCAUCAGUUUAACCAGGGUCGCUCACCGAGCGUCAUGUCCAGUAAGUUGCCCCAGCCGGAGAUUCAGCUUAUCAAGCUGCACAAAAACGCCAACGGAAUGGGUCUGUCGAUCGUGGCCGCGAAAGGUGCUGGCCAGGAGCGGUUGGGAAUCUACAUCAAGUCGGUGGUGACGGGUGGAGCGGCUGACCUUGACGGUCGGUUGCAGGCCGGCGAUCAAUUGCUGGAGGUUGACGGUCAAAGUUUGAUCGGAAUCACCCAGGAACGGGCGGCGGAUCAUCUCGUGCGAACGGGGCCCGUAGUGACCCUGAAGGUGGCCAAACAGGGUGCCAUCUACCAUGGGUUGGCCACCCUGCUGCAGCAGCCAAGUCCGGUUAUCCAGCGCGGUGGCAGACGAAUGUCCGAACGAGACAUGACACGCGUAGGCACCAGCAACGACCCCACCAAACCACCCGUACCCUCAACCUCCGGACAGCAGUUGCUCAACAGCAAGUCGGUUCCCGCGCUGCACCACGUCGGCGGGGGCGGCAGCGUCGGCAACAUUGGUUCGUCGGUCAACAAGUCGCGCAGUAUUCACAACUUGGCGGGUGGCAACGUCCAGGACCAGGGAUUCUAUCAGAACCUUAGUGUGUACCGGGCGCAGAACCAGAGCCACCCAAAUUUGGGCGAAAGACCCCAGAUGCCGCUCCAAACAUCACUCAACUCGCCGGGUGCGUCCAUCAGCAGCGGCAGCAGCAGCCAACACCAGCUACAACAACAGCAGCAGCAACAACCCAUCUUAAGCCGUCCAGCAUCUGCCUAUUUUAAUAGCAAUAACAGUACUAACCCAAACACCUUAUUGUUGACAACACCAACCAACUCAAUGUCGUACGGAAUGCCCAACCAGCAGCAGCAACAGCAACAGCCACCUCUUAGUAGUAACAUAUCACACCCGAACCUGGCCGGCGCAGCCGGUGGAACCAUGUACAAUCGACUGCAGCAAAAGAUGCAGCAGCAGCAGUUUGUGCGCGACGCCCAGGGUCAGCAGAGUCUUCGGUUGAACCAGAUGAUGGCGCCGUCAAUGCCGAACAUUGCCCAUCAAUUCCAGCAGCAGCAGCAGCUAAACCAACAGCAGCAAGGUCAUCAACAUCCGUCGCAGCAACAUCUGGGUGGAAUCUCCGCCAGCCAGAGUAUGCAGAAUGUUAACAUGAUUGCCGGAGGUGGUGGCACGUUUGGCUACCAGAAUGGCAGUCCAAUGAUGUCUCCGCAGCUGUACCCGACCGAACAACAACAGCAUGCUUCACUGCUUCGUGGCCAAGCGAAGCUGGCCGAGAUGAACGAACUGUUGAAGCGGCGCAAUCAAAUUGUGCCUCCCCAGCAACAGCAGCGAUCCCAAAAUCCCCAAGAUUCUUCAAUGAUGCCAUCCCCUCAAAUGCCGCAACAGCAGCAAGCCCAGCAACAUCCGGGCUUCAGCGGUGCUAGUCCUCACCCCGGUGGAACUCCACUGAGCUCCCACAAGCAGAUGCUGCCGCCGACGACCGCCCCAAAGCCACAGCAACAGCAGCUUCGUCCCGAUCAAGGGAUAGAACACCCGCCACUUCCGCCGACCGCGACACAUCCGCUGUACAAAACCGGUCCUGGAAGCAACUCUACGUUGAAUGCCCCGUACAGCUCGUCAGAACCGCCAAAGGUCGGAUACUACCCACCCCAAGUGCCAACGACGCAAAAUAAAAACAUGAUUGCCCCGGGCACGAACCCGUGGGAGCGCGAGGAGAAGGAAAAGGAAACGGAACUGCGACGGGAGCAGAUCCGGGCCUGGCGUGAUCAGCAGAUCGCCGAGUUGCAGUCGCUGCCGCACAGAACUCCUCAGCAGGAGGACCAGCUGCGAACGCUUGCACUUGAGCGUGACUUUGAACGGCGCGCCAUGGAAGAAGACCAGGACUUUGACAAUGAUAUGUCACCGUACGGCAAAGAUUCCGCAAGCGUGCAAGAAGUGCUGAGACUGGCGCAAGCCCCAAACACCAUCACGGCUCCGCUGACCAAGAUGAAGCAAGUGGACAUCAAGAUGCCGUCGGCGCAGAACGUUGAUACUGGCUCAAACGACGGCCAAUCAGCCAACUCGGUAGCCAACACGAUCGCCAGUUUCCAGCAACAGGUAGCUUCGGCCUCGGCCUCCAUCCAGCCCAAGAGCAUCCUUAAACACAACAACAGCAGCACGCCCUCAUCACCCUCCAAGAGCGCCGCCGUCAAAUCUGCUAGCUUUGCCGCUCAACACGACAAAAACCUGAACCUCAGCGAGAUCACCAUGAACAACACCAACGCCAACCAAAUGAUGUCCCAGAUGGCGCUGGACAUGGCCCAGCUGAACCUGGCCGCCGAUCGCGUUGACGAAGACCUCAACGACCUGCAGGCGGCCGUCAACGGGUACGGACCGCAAGACCCCAACAACCAAAACAUCAACAAUGGCAUCGUCCCGCCACCACCUCCGCCGGAGCGCAACAGCUCGUACGUGAUCAUGUCCCAGCAGCAGCAAAAGCUACGCAGCAGCUCCAGCAAACUCACCUUCAACAACACGGUGACCACCGACGCUCCCCAACAGCAACAACAACAGCAGCAGCAGCAGCAGAACCUCAUCAACAACAAUCCGAACAACGGCAACAACAACACGCUGGGAAGAUACAGCAGCAACAACCUGCUGACGACGGCGCAGAGUCCCGUGACGCCACAGCAGAACAUCGCCAACAACAACAACAACGCCAUGAUGAUGAACAACGCGGCGCUGCUCAAUAGUCGGCGGGUGUCGUUCCACGACGAGGACGCCGUGCUGGCGAACAUGAUGAACAACAACAACGGGAUAGGCGCAGCGGGAGGCAGCAUCGGAAGCAGCUAUACCGAGGCGGGUCAUCUGAUUGGAAGCAGUCGGGCGGGCGAGCAGGGCGACGGAGGCGAUUUGGGGACGAUCCACGAGCGACCGGAUCCGGAUCGCUUCAUCGACGAAACGAUGCCGGCAAUGCUGCACACUCCGACGACCCCGGAAGCGGGCGAAAGCUGGAACAUGCAGGUCCAGGCCACUCCCGGCGUGAUCGGUGCCCAGGAAGUUUACCGUGACCCCCGCACCCGCCGGCUGGCCGAGCAGCAGCAGAAGCAAAAGGCCGAACCGGUGCCGGAGAAGCUGUCCUUCAAGGAGAAGAUGAAGAUGUUCGCGCUCGAGUCGGGCGAAAACAACACGCCCAAGGACAAGCUGAAGAUUUCGCGCGCCCAGCGGGACAUUGACGCGGUUCACUGAGGGUGAGAGGAGUGGGAGCUGCACAAGUUUGAGUUUUAUUUCUUUAAAUAUGACUACUUUUGCGACACGACUACAAUUAUCUAUUGGUAAGAGGGAAGUGAUGACGAUGAGAGAGAUAACAACACGUGUUUGUGUAUAGAAAAGUGAUUGAACGAGAAGUUGCGAAACAGCUAGGAAACUUUUUAUAGCAGAUUUUUGUUGUUACUUCUUUAGAGGUGUGUGUAUAAAGCAGCGUUGAACUAUUGAGGAAAAGAAAGUGUAAUCGAUUCUUGUGUAGUAAAAACCAGAGAUAACUCUACAUUGCUGAAAUGUAAGAAUAUUGUGUAUUGGAAUCAACCCUCAAUUAUGCUUAAAAUGCAACUCGAAACAUGGAAAUGAUAACUUCACUAGCGAAACCCAUCGGACCAAAAAACAAGAACAAGAAAAUAUAUUGAUUUUUAUACCUUUUAUGCAAAUGUAUGGAACUAUGUGUGUGUUAUUUAACGAAAUCAGAUGCAUAUUUUAGAAGAGAACAUAAUCCCACGUCGUGACGAUGCGACUAUAGAGAAACAUAUUUAAAAGUAACAAUAUCUUGGAUUUAUAGGGAAAUGGACAGCCAGAGCGAGAGAAACAUAGAGAGAAGUAAACUGUGGUAAUGCAAGCGGAACAAAACGAAACAGAGUUAAACUUUAAACAGCAACAACAACAACACAUUUUUCUACGAUUCUAGAGCCGGAGCGGUUCGCGCAUCCGAAGUCCUAUAUUUGAAGUAGAGUGUUAGCUAUUUUAUAUCGAAACAAAAUAUAAACAAAAACUAUUUGAAAUAAGUGACCUAAAACUGAUACCACAGAGAUAGAGAGCGAAAACAAACAAGGAAUUACUACUCAAAUCCCCCUUUCUCCUUCUUAACCACGAUGUGUCUAACAGCAUAGGAAUUUGCAAACGCAGCCACGUAAUUUGAAAACAAGUAAUUAGGUCAAUUUCCAGCCCCAAAAACUACUCACAAAACAUCCACUUUUACAACUAGCAGCAAGCAACAAACCUACUGAAAAGUUAAACCCAGCAAGAAAACAAACAAAAAACUGUCUCCCUGAGAGCAUAAAUAAACUUUGAUAGAUGUGUACUUUUAUGAAAUUACUGUAAAGAAAUUAGAAAGCGCGCGCUCGUUGAAGGGAAGCGCGAAGAGUUUCCCACUUUUGCAUUUUACAAGAAAUGAUAAAACAUAGCGUGUACUAGGAGGGUAAGUUAACCUAGAGAUAAGAGAAGAAAUAUUUAGGGAAGAGAGCGCAAACACACAACUUAUUGAACAAGCGAACAGGAAUGUUUAGGGAAAAUGGUUUUAUUUGUUACAACAUUUUUAAUGUAUUUCAAGAAAUUAAUCUUUAUAUAUAAAGUAUAUACAUACGAGUCCACCUAGAUUCUAGUGAAAAUAAAAACCCCUUUUUUAAUCUGAAUGAAUUCCACUAAGAAAAUAUUAUAAACAAAAGAGCACACACAAAUACAGAGUUGCAGCUAAAAAAAAGUAGGUAUUAAAGCAGUUGCGAAAGCAAUGCAUGAGUAUUAUCUAUAUCUCACCGUCUGUUGAAAUUGUUGAACCGAUCCUGUCCGCGAGACAAGAUCCUGUUGAGCAGUACUAUUUAUCGUUUGAACCACAUACUGAGAAAAAAAAAACACUCCAAAUACCCUCUCUUUUCAAGAAAAGGGAGAGUCUCAAAUCACAGCAAGUACUAACUUAUACAAGCAGACCUAAUCCACACACACAAACACACCACUUUGUAUCUAAAGUAAAAGCAAGCAACACACACAUAACAUUCUGCAAAAACAAAACAGUAAACAAGCACUUUAUCUCAGAUCAUAGCGUAACGGAAAGUAUAACUCAUAAUAAAGUGGUAAAUUUUUAAAAACUAAAUACAAUACAAUAACUAACAUUCAGUUUAAAACGAGGAAAUACACAUCAAACAUGUCAAUGUUAAA